UGGCUCACAUUGUGUGUGGCUCACACAAGCAUGUAUUGGAUUAAGGUCAAGCAGGGCGUGUUUUCAGUGGAAAACCCCACAGCGUCCUACAGCUGGGAGGGCCUUUAAAGCCGCCGGUGGCUUUCUGUGGCCCGACGAGAAGCGCUAGCCACUAGCUAGCUCACAAGCUAACAGGCUAUCGGAGGCUCCAUGAAGCUGACACAGGCGGCGGGCUCGUCCGCUGCAUCUCCUCCUCGCGUGGUGUUUUAUCGUUGUGUAAUAAAGACACUUUCAGUCAAAAUGUCUGACAAGCCUGAUAUGACUGAGAUUUCCCGUUUUGACAAGACAAAGCUGAAGAAGACCGAGACAAAAGAAAAAAAUCCGCUGCCCACCAAAGAGACUAUUGAGCAAGAGAGGAAAGGAGAUGCCACACCUUGACUGCAAAGCACACGAAGAAAAGAAGCUGGGAUGCCACAGCAAAAUGCACUUUCUUUUAAUUACUACACUCCUCUAAUAUUCUACUUUUGUCUUCAACAAGGGUGCUUUGAGCUCCCUGGGGUUUUGUCCCCACAUGGGGCAGGGUUCUCUUUAUCACUUGAGAGAAAAGGGUUAGCCUGGUUGCUUGUCUCACUCUGUUAGCAUGUAGCUAACAGCUUGCUAAUAUUGCCAAACUGGGGAGUGGUGUUGUGAUGUAGCAUCAGGAGGCAGGCAACCAGACUAUGGGGGGCUAGGCAGGUUGGGGUCUCCUAAAAAAAGGCCAACCUUUGGCGCCAAACCAUCUAGGUCCUAGGAUGUUUUCUUGAUAUUUUUUUUUACUUUUCAUUUUGAAAUAAAUAUCAAGAUGUGGAACCUAA